AUGUUAACAGAACUUGUAUUAACUUCUUCUUCUACUGAACCAAUUAUACAUGUUUGGGAUUUUAGAACAGGAACAUUAGUUACAACUUUUAAACAAAAUGUUUGUAAUAAACAUGGAUUAGCUUUAAUUCCAUUCCCCGGACAACCUGAUAGAGUGGGUUUAAUAAUAGCUUCACAAGAUCAAAUUCAUCUUAAAAUAAUAUGUCCCGAGAAACUUAAUUCUUUGGCUGUAACGAAUCAAGGAUCACAUUGUGCAGGUGGAACAGAUAAUGGAAAAAUAUAUCUUUCAACUGGAAGAUUAUGUCGCGUAUUUGAUGCUCAUUAUAAAAAAAUCAAUGUUCUCAAAUUUACAUAUGAUGAUACGGCAUUAAUUUCAGGAAGUGAGGAUGCAGGAUUGAAUGUUUGGUUAAUGAGCAGGCAAGAUGAAGAAGAAUCAGAAACCUUAUCACCAUAUUAUUCAUUACCAGAUCAUUCCUUACCUAUUACAGAUAUAAUAUGUGGUAUUGGAAGUUUUAAUAAAGCAAGAAUAUUAACAGAAAGAAUAUUAUUUGCUGGUGGUAAAGAUAAUUUAAUUUAUCAAGUAAAUUUAUAUCGUCGAAAAUUUGAAAAUAAAAUGGAAAUAACUUCAAUUGGAGGGUCACAAGAUGGUAAUGUAAGAGUAUGGGAUAUUGAUAGUCCGAUAACAAGUUUACGUACAUUCUUGAAACCGCCAGAUCUUUUUAAAAUUGGAUUAUCAAUGAAUAAAUCAAUUAUACAACCAAUACAACCUUUUAAAAGAAUACAACAACGACGAAAAUUAAUGCAAAGUGAUGAUUCUGAAGAAUUCGUAACUUUAAUUUUGAAUGAUAAUAUUGAUAAUGUUUUUGAUGUAACUAGAUAUGAUGGAUAUGAUGGUCAAGAAAGAAAGAACCAAAGACAAUUUCGCACUGGUGAUGAAACUAACAAAUUACAAAUUCAAGUAUCAGAAUUACAAUCCGAACUUCUUCGUAUUCAUGGUCAUUAUCAACGUGUUAAAGGUUUACAUGAUGAAAUGUAUCAAGAAUUGGUUUCGGAUUUUAUUGAUUCCGAAAAUUUCGAAACUAAAACCAUUACUCUCCGUACAGCUGGUUUUGAUGCUCGCUUUCCAAAUACUAAUCAAACAAAACAUUGUUGGCAGAAUUAUGUAGAUUAUCAUAAAUGUAUUAGAUCUCGUGGUGAAGAUUUUCCUCCUUGUAAGCAAUUCUUUAGAGCUUUCAAUAGUUUGUGUCCUAAUGAUUUUAUUUCGAAAUGGGACACCCAAAGAGACGAGGGAAAUUUUCCGGUUAAUUUAAAUUCUUAA